AUGGUUUUAAUCAAAGUGGAGAAUCAUGAAGGGAAGAAUGUGAAUGCCAAUAAAUUUGAGCCUUUUUUUUUUGUAUUAUUUGGUGAUAUACAAUAUGGUAUGAUACGAGGUAAUCAUGGUUGGUACGAAGAAAGAGAAUUAUUAAAAAGUGCUAUUGAAAAAACGAAUAAACUGAAGCCUCCAUUUGUGGUAGCUUUAGGUGAUUUAACAAAUAAGUUUCCUCUUGAUCCUAUACAAACCAAUCAAAUUACUGAUUUAAAGAAUGAUUUUAAAUUAUUAGAUAAGGAUAUUGAUUUGUAUGUAUUUUGUGGUAAUCAUGAUGUUGGUAAUAAGCCUUCUAUGGAAGGUAUGGAAUAUUUUGAAGAGCAAUGGGGUGAUAGUUAUUAUAGUUUUGUUUAUAAUAAUUGUGCAUUUAUUGUAUUGAAUUCUCCUAUAUUAUAUGAUGAGACACAUGUUAAAGAAAUGAAAGAAGAACAAUUAAAAUGGUUAGAAAAAACUUUAGAAAAAUUACAUUCCUUAAAUGUAAAACACAAGUUUUUGCUUUUACAUCAUGCUUUAAUGUAUGAUGAUAUAUAUGAAGGAGAAAAUAUUGGUUUAAUUUAUGGAGAUAAAUUUCAUAAUUAUUCGGAAAAAAAUGAAUUUCAUCUAAAAAAAGAACCAAGACUUUUCAUAUAUGAAUUAAUGAAGAAAUAUAAAGUUACUCAUGUCUUUUGUGCUCAUCUACAUGCUAACAGAGAAAAUGAUAUUGAUCAUAAUAUAAAACAAAUUACUAUAUCAGCCGUGGGUAUGCAAGCAAAGGAUGACAAGUCAGGUAUAUUUAUAGUACAAGUUACAGAAGAUAAGGUAGAUUAUAAAUAUUAUCCUUUUGAAUAUGUGCCCAACUAUAUAAAAGCCUAA